AUGGUAACAAGUCAGUCAGAGUGGCUAGAACUCCCGAUGAAACAUCAAACCUCAGAGGGCCAAGAGCAGGCUCCAUCAUCAAGCAAUCCAGUGGUUCGACGGCAUCUUCUCUUCCCACCAAUUACAGCCAACCAGUUUUUAGUAGGUUCAAAAGAGUAUAUACCGCUCUUCCAUGAUGGCGUUAAGGAUCAGGCCAUGAAGGAAUAUGGAUUUGGAGGUUAA